AUGAAGUGCCGUGUGUGUCGCUUUGUUUCUGGGGAUGAUUCUCCUGGUUCUUGCAGCAAGUGUGGGGCCCAGCUGGCUCCCUUCGCCAGCACUGGGGACGAGGAUUCAGAAAGAAGAGAGGUGAAGCUCGCUCCAGUCCCUGAUACAGGAGCGGAGCCUGGAGGACAGGUGAGGGGAGAAGGUGCUGAUGGCCCUUCUUCCACCACUGAAACAAUGGAGGAGGAGGGAUCACCGAUGGAGAAUGCAAGACCUCUGAUCAAUACUUCAGAGAUCACACCUCAAUGCACUUCAGGUGGGCCUCCUUCCUCUACUGAAAAACAGGAGGAGGAGGAAGAGGGAGCAUCGCUGCCGGAGGGUGUAACAGCUCCAAGUGAUAGCUCGAAGACCGCACCUCAGUGCAUGGCCAGUGAUUCUCCCAAGAAGUCACGGAAGAGGAAAAAGAAGAGGAAUAGAGCAAAGAAGGGUCCUUCCAGCUCCGGGGAGCAGGACUCUCUGCCUCCUCUAAGCACAGCACCAGCUCAAAUGACAGAAUUGCUUGAUACAUGUGUUAUUCCACAAGAAAUCCAGACCCUGGGCAGUGAAGUAGCCCAGGCAGGUGCUGAUGUACUUGCUGGUGACAGUGGAGGAGCACGUGAAAGCAAUGGGGCGUUGGGUCACUUGGGAAAGGAAGCUGGGAGUCUGGAAGCGGUUGCAGGAGGCAGUCUCAGCAGCGUGGAUGUGAUGACCCCACCAAAGCAGAGCAGCACGGAUAAUGUGGCUGCCCCUCCUCCUCCAAGCUCUGCGGCCCCAAAGGAGAAGGUGGGGGGUGAAAGUACCACAGUGUGUGGAGAAACGGUCAGGCGUAAUGUGGAAGGGGGCAGUUGUUCCCCUGGUGCUGGCCAGCUUCCAGAAACCAGACCAGAUUCCCAGUCCUCAGGCAGCAGUAAGAAACUGGCCUCAACAGGGGAGAGCGCGAGCAUUUCCUCUGGGUUGUCCCCUGGUACGGGAGCACCUAAAAGUAAGCCUGCAACUCCUCAUACUGAAGAUCGAAGUCAAGGUGCAAAGACUCCACCUGUGGUCAAGAGCUCGCAGGCUGGGAAGGAUAAACAAGAUGCCAGGCAGAAAGUGAGCUGUUUGACUUCCAAGAAUGAAGUCACAAGAGAGGAUAAGAAGACCCCAAGUGAGAAAAUGCAUGAAGUAACUGAGAAGGCAAGUCAGACCAAAGGAUCUGAGGUUGCUUUGAUAAAUACUUCAGAGAUCACACCUCAAUGCACUUCAGGUGGGCCUCCUUCCUCUACUGAAAAACAGGAGGAGGAGGAAGAGGGAGCAUCGCUGCCGGAGGGUGUAACAGCUCCAAGUGAUAGCUCGAAGACCGCACCUCAGUGCAUGGCCAGUGAUUCUCCCAAGAAGUCACGGAAGAGGAAAAAGAAGAGGAAUAGAGCAAAGAAGGGUCCUUCCAGCUCCGGGGAGCAGGACUCUCUGCCUCCUCUAAGCACAGCACCAGCUCAAAUGACAGAAUUGCUUGAUACAUGUGUUAUUCCACAAGAAAUCCAGACCCUGGGCAGUGAAGUAGCCCAGGCAGGUGCUGAUGUACUUGCUGGUGACAGUGGAGGAGCAUGUGAAAGCAAUGGGGCGUUGGGUCACUUGGGAAAGGAAGCUGGAAGUCUGGAAGCGGUUGCAGGAGGCAGUCUCAGCAGCGUGGAUGUGAUGACCCCACCAAAGCAGAGCAGCACGGAUAAUGUGGCUGCCCCUCCUCCUCCAAGCUCUGCGGCCCCAAAGGAGAAGGUGGGGGGUGAAAGUACCACAGUGUGUGGAGAAACGGUCAGGCGUAAUGUGGAAGGGGGCAGUUGUUCCCCUGGUGCUGGCCAGCUUCCAGAAACCAGACCAGAUUCCCAGUCCUCAGGCAGCAGUAAGAAACUGGCCUCAACAGGGGAGAGCGCGAGCAUUUCCUCUGGGUUGUCCCCUGGUACGGGAGCACCUAAAAGUAAGCCUGCAACUCCUCAUACUGAAGAUCGAAGUCAAGGUGCAAAGACUCCACCUGUGGUCAAGAGCUCGCAGGCUGGGAAGGAUAAACAAGAUGCCAGGCAGAAAGUGAGCUGUUUGACUUCCAAGAAUGAAGUCACAAGAGAGGAUAAGAAGACCCCAAGUGAGAAAAUGCAUGAAGUAACUGAGAAGGCAAGUCAGACCAAAGGACCUGAAGUUGCUAGAAAGGAUGGUGCUUCAACUGUAGCAGGCAGUUGCAAGGAGAAAAAGCAACAAAGGAACCAGAAACCUGUGGAUAAGGUUAAAGAAAGUUCUGUGAGCCGAAGUGAUGGUGUUACAGUAUAUUUCCAUGCAGUAUUAUCCAAAGACUUCAAACUAAACCCUGAGACCCAUAAAGUGUUCAUCAGGGCUGAAGGCAUUUCUCCCUAUGUAGACUGGAAGGACAACAUUUGUGAGCUGAACUGCACCAAGUAUCUAGGAGAACAUGGAUAUCUCAUUGAAGGCACUGUAACUCUUGCGAAAGAACAUAUAAAUAAAUACAUUCCUUACAAAUAUUGGGUUACCUGUGGUGAAGGGGAUUAUGAAUUUAUUUACAAGCAUUCAGUAUCAAGUAAUUAUGUGAAUCGCUGCUUAUUUAUAAGAGGCAACUUUCUCAACAAUGGAGAAUGGCAUCAGUAUGACGAUAUUGUGUGCGCAAAGCCUUCUGUAAUGAAAAACUUUUGGAAGAUGAUUUCUCGCAAUAAAAACAAAGAAGUGGUGGAAGGGAAGAUAAUCGCUGCAAAUAUUAUGUUAGAAAAUAUCUUCAGCAUUCUUGGAACCUGGAGUCCCAACAACCUGAGAAACUUCUUAUGCCAGCUGAGCCAGUUUUAUGUUGUUACAGUAGACCCAUGUGUAUAUGAUGGCAGGGCAAUGCUAUGGACAGAGUUAAACUUUGGCAUACAGCAGGUGAAUGAUUUGCUGCUAAACUACAUAAUGAAAAUAGCUCUUCCUUUCCUUGCACCAGAAGAUGCAAAAGCAUUGCAGGAGCACCUAGUAGUAAAAAGUAAAGUAGCUCUGGGGCUCACCAUUCUCAUAGUAGUUGAUAUGCUCAAGCUUCCAGCACUUAAAAACCAUCUGGCUGACCUGUGUAGCCUCUUGUGCUUGGAUAAAGUGUCAAAACAAACCAUACUGGAUGAGAUGCAUCCUAUCACGAUGGCUUUUGAAGCAGUUAGUAGUUUGAAGGUUCACCUGACAAACUUGUGCCAGAGAUGCAUUGAUGAGCAAGUAGACCAGUGGGUGUGGAUUCUUCCUCUUCUGCAUUUCGUUGCUGCUCCUAUGCAGCAUGACCACUUGCCGAUGGAAGAAGAUACCUGGGCAGGGCUGGAAGGGCUUCCAUUUGCUGAAACAAGGAAGAAGCAAGAUACCGGGACCCUACUGCAACUAAUGAAAGAGAAGAAAUACUUGAUGGAAUUGGAUAAGACUCUGGUCAAGUCCUGGAUCAGUGUGCUGUCCCUGGAGGGCCUGGCUGAAUUUAUAAAAGAGUUCUCCAGUGAUUUGUUAGUUACUCUUCAAGGUGUUUCUUACAGAUUAGAGAAUGUUGACCUUCUGUGGAACAGUUCUAAGCUAGUAGAGAGUCUUCUAAAGACACUGCUGUGUACCUUGGAUGAGAAACAGGCCAGAGCUCUGGAAGCUUGUUCUUGGCAGUCCUGCUUGACUUGUUGCCUCAAGCUGCACAAGAGGGUCUGCAAGUAUGUGAAGCGGGGGGAGUGGUUCAUGAUUCCUGCCACUUCUGCCAUGAUGAUUUCGAAGGUUGCCAAACUUCAGCCCACAGUGCAGGUUCCAAGAGAUGCUAUGCAGGAGGUUCCAGUGGUAGAAGUAUUCACUGAAGCUAUGAGACACAUUCAAACCUGGUUCAGAAAUGCUUUAAACGACAAGUUAUUGAAAGAAUACCCGGAGCAUGCCUGGGAUGAAUUUUUGAAGAUCAGCUUUCCAGAUGAACAGUUCACUGAGAGGUGGAAGAAAACUUUACUUGCAGAUCUGGAGAGAAGAAUUCAGGAGACUCAGAGCAAUCUCCUUGAGAAGUUGUCUUCCUACAACAUGGGCCGAUUCAGCCAGCUUGUAUCAACUAUCAUUGUGAAGUCGUGGCCCAUCAAGAAUGGGCAGCCUGAGGAUGAUUUUGAUGAGGUUUUGCGCCACGUGCUUACGUGGCCUGACAUCAAACAUAUCUUCAGCUUUAAUGGUUUUGGGUAUGGGCUCUCCAUGGGAAGGUGUCUGAAUUGCUCUCCUGAGAUCCUGGCUGUUUCUGUUCAGAAAAACAUGAGGGGAACAAACACAAAGCUCCUAGAAAAACUUACAGAUGAAGCAAAGAAUGUCAUGGCCAUAGCAGACUCUGUGUUCAUGAGUGUCACCGAUGACAUCCAGAAAGGGUGUAUCCUUGUGAAACAUCUGGAAGAGAUUUUCCAGCAUGAGAAACAGUUCAUCUGUAUCUGGGAGAUAAAGCACCAGCAGCUGUUAUGUGAAAACAAAGAACUACUCCAGAGAGAACUGAAAGAAUUGCUGCAGAGGAGGCAAAAAGAAUUAACGCUUCUCAGAAAAGAUCAAAAAGCAAUAGGAACCUUUCUGAACAUGUGUAGGAAGGUGCAGGCAUCUGUGAAAGUGGAUGUAGGUGAACUGGAAUUGCAACACUCGGAAGAUCUUCGCUCAAAAAGACUAAAUACGGUUGUGAAUGUGGGAAAGAGACCCCUACAGACCUACUACAACUUGAGUCCAGAGCUGAAAGAAUUUGCCCAGAAAAUGCACUCUUUUAAGGAUAGCCUGAUCUUCCAGCAGUUCUGGGAGGAAGCAGCGCAGGAGGCAGGAAAGGAGUAUAAAAGUUCAGAAGAAGAAGAAGAAGAAGAGGAGGAAGAGGAUGACAACAUUGUUCCUGCAUUGGACCUUAGUAAUGUUUUCUGCAGUCUAAUUUCCCCUUGUUUUGUGAGCUAUGAAAGGUUGUAUGAUGAUCUCAGAUCUGGAAGUCUCACACUUUCUGUAGUUGAUACAAUUUUUCAGGAAUUCACAAAUCAUCCUGAAGAUAUCAAAACUGAACUAAAUACCAUAUGUAAGCUUAGACCUGAAGAAGACAGAGACUGGGUUGAUCAGCGAUUUCAGCAGAUCCAGCAAUACCAUGAAAUGCAUUUAACUUUUGAUGCUGCGAAGAUCAUUGCCAAUGUCAGAGAGAUUUUAAACCUCUCUGGUGACUUCAGUAUCCUGGAAAAUUUGUUGGACAUAACAGAAAAGCUUGAAUCAUACAAGACACAAAAGCUGGAUUCCAUCAGCCCUGAGCUUAUGCAUGCCAAGAGACUGCUGCAGGGGAUCACUGUGAAGCGUCGUGGGUGUCUGAGGGAGCUGGCCCAGCAGAAGGAGUUUGUCUGCUGGGUCAGAGAAGCACUGAAAGGUACAAAUGAGCUGAAGGUAUUUGUAGACUUGGCAUCCAUCUCUGCUGGGGAGAACGACAUGGAUGUGGACCGUGUGGCAUGUUUCCAUGACACUGUGCAUGGCUACUCUUCCCUGCUCUAUGAACUUAAGCAAGAGUCAGGGUUUAAGGACUUCAUGCACUGCUUGGGGAAGCUGUGGCGAGCCCUGGACAGUGAUGAGAAUCUUCCCAAGAAACUGCAUGCUUCAGCUCAACACUUAGAGUGGUUGAAAAUAGUGAAAGAAAGCCAUGGGUCUGUGGAGCUGUCAUCACUGUCGCUGGCAGCUGCCAUCAACAGCAGAGGAAUAUAUGUUCUCAGAGCACCAGCUGAUGGCCAAAAGGUUUCUUUGGACAAUGUUGUGCAUUUCACCCUCCCAAGGAGCUCUGGGGAUAAUGAGGCAUCACGGAAAUACUCCCUGGCAGAGCUCCGUGAACUGCAGAACAAACUGAUGCUCAUGUCAGCAAAGGGAGAGCAAGGCUUGGAGGUGGAGAAGUUCUCUGAGAUUUUUUCCAAUGUCCAAAGACUUGCACAGGCCUUUAUAGACCUUUAUUCAGCUGGGAACAUGCUCUUCCGCUCCUGGCUUGCCCAUGUGUAUUGUUCACCCGAAAGAGAAUCAUGUGUUCUUAUAGACUUCUCUUUGGGACUGAUCCCAGUGCUAGAAGGGCGAGGAGAUAUGGCAGCUGUGCUCCCAGGCCUCUGCAAGACAAUGGAGAGUUUCCUGGAGAGUUGGAAAAGCUUCAUAUAUGAAAAACGAUUCCAGCAUUUCUACCUGAACUACUACACUGCUGAGCAGCUGGUCUAUUUGUGCACAGAACUGGGGCAGGGGAUGCCCAGCCAGAAUGCACUGAUGAUGCUUUCGUUCCUAAAACACAACUGCACUGAGGAGGAUGUCCUUAGAGCUUCCAGGAGUGAGGUGCUUCCCAGCUCAAGGAAGGCUAUUUCUGACUUCCAAGUGAUGCUGGAUGGAGGGAAGGAUCUGGCUGCACGGCUGAAGUGCAUCUGGGAGUGCUACAUGUGCAACAUGGGCUCCUUCCUUCCGAACUGCCUGGAUAUUGAUACACUUGGUAGGUGGCUGAAGAAUCUGGCCAGCUGGGAGAGAGAGCAUGUUGCACGAGACUUUCCACGGGAUCUUCUGUAUGUUGGUCAGCCCAACCUCAUCAUAUGCCCUCGCUCUGAGGUGCUCACAUCUGCUCUGGCUAUUUACAUGAACAGCCCCAACCAGCCCCUUCCCACUUUUGACGAAGUUCUCCUGUGCACUCCUCAGACCACUGCUGAGCAAGUGGGGCUCUUCCUCAGGAGGUGCCUUAUUCCCUGCAGCAGAGGAGAGAAAAUUUACACCAUGCUGUAUGCAGAUGAGCUGAGUUACGAUGUCAGCUGCAGAGCAGAGGAGCUAUUCCAGCACUUGCAACGCUACAACAGCACCUACCGGCUCAUCAUUCUGUGCAACUGUGAGAGGGAGCACAGCUACAUCCCUUCUGUCUUCAGCCAGUACAAAGUGCACAUGAUACCCCAGAGGCCACUAGCUGAAAUCCAGCGAUACCUUCAGCACCACUACAGAGUUGCUCAGCCUUCAAGCUCAGCUGCUUCUGUGUUCAAGGGCAAUAUGUGUGUUGGGAUUGUGUCCUCCAAAAGAGCUGGUGUGGGGAAAUCUCUCUAUGUGAAGAGGCUACAUGAGAGACUGCAAGAAGAGCAGCCUGACUAUACAAAACUUCUGAAAACCAUCAGACUAAUUGAACCAGAAGUGGAUGAAGAUAAAGUGCUAACAUCUCUUCUGCCUUUUCUGAAGAGAAAACACCAGACAAAGCCCAUGAUAUUCCAUUUUGAUAUCACCUCUUCAAUGUCAGCAAGCCAGAAGUAUAAUUUCUUUGAUGUGUUCCCUAAAGUAACAUGCAAAUCUCCCAAGGAAGUACUAGAAAUGGAGACACUUGGGAACCAGUCUGGGGAUGUUUCAGACCCAGGAAUGGACAAAGAAGAAUUUUGCAGUGAGGCUUUCCAGAGACCUUUCCAGUAUCUGAAAAGACUUGAUCAGGGGUACAAUCUGGACACAUUCUUUUACGAAGUGCACUCUGUGGAAGGGAGCCCUGCAGAAUGCUUGCAGCAUUUCCUCCUGCACUGUGGGAUCACAGAUCCAUCCUGGUCAGAACUCCGAAACUUUGCAUGGUUUCUCAAUGUUCAGUUGAGAGACUGUGAAGCUUCUGUCUUUUGCAACCCUGACUUUGUCCAGGACACUUUGCAAGGUUUCAAAAACUUUGUUGUUACCUUCAUGAUUUUAAUGGCAAGGGAUUUUGCAACACCCUCCCUAAACAUUUCUGAUCAAAGUUCAGGAAGGCACUCCUCCAACCUGGAGAACAUUGCAGAAGAAGAUCUUCUUCCUUUCCGCAUUCGGAAAAAGUGGGAGUCUGAACCUCAUCCGUAUUUGUUUUUCAAUGAAGAUCGUGUGUCCAUGACAUUCAUUGGUUUCCACUUUCAGCGUAAUGGCAGUGGCGGUGUUGACGCCAUUAAUCCUUUGAAUGGCAACAUUAUCAAGAAAAAUAUCAUGACUUCACGGUUGUACAAAGGCUUGUUACUCCAAAGAGUUCCCUUCAAUAUUCCGUUUGAUCAGUUGCCUCGUCACGAGAAGCUAGAGAAGCUUUGCAUGGUUUUGGGAAUCCCCUGGGUAAUAGACCCUGAUGAGACAUAUGAACUCACAACAGACAAUGUGCUAAAAAUUUUGGCUAUUGAGAUGCGAUUCAGAUGCAACAUCCCAGUUGUCAUCAUGGGAGAAACAGGCUGUGGGAAAACCAGACUUAUAAAGUUUCUGUGCAAGUUACGCAGAAGCUGUGUAGAGGUAGAGAACAUGAAGCUUGUUAAAGUUCAUGGAGGUACUACUGCAGAGAUGAUUUACGCCAGGAUCAAAGAAGCAGAAGCCCUUGCUGAAACCAAUAAGGAGCAGCAUGGGUUGGACACGGUCCUCUUUUUCGAUGAAGCCAACACAACAGAGGCUGUAAGCAGCAUCAAGGAAGUUCUGUGUGACCACACAGUACAGGGGAAACCUUUGGUCUCUUGUUCUGGCUUGCAGAUCAUAGCAGCCUGCAACCCUUAUCGUAAGCACACACCAAAGAUGAUUCAACGCCUGGAAUUAGCUGGAUUGGGCUACCGUGUCAAAGCAGAUGACACUAAGGAUAAGCUUGGAUCUAUUCCGCUGAGACAGCUUGUGUACCGGGUCCAUGCGCUCCCACCCAGCAUGAUCCCAUUAGUAUGGGAUUUUGGGCAGCUGAACAACUUAACUGAAAAAAUGUAUAUACAACAGAUUGUACAGAGAGUUACUGAACAUGUCCCAAUGAGGCAGUUUGACGCAGAGGUAAUUACAGAAGUGCUUUUUGCUUCCCAGCAAUACAUGAGGCAGAGGGACGAUGAAUGCAGCUUUGUCAGCCUGCGGGAUGUGGAACGCUGCAUGGAAGUUUUCAAGUGGUUUCACAAGCGCAGUAAGCUACUGCUGAAAGAACUGGAGAAGUACCUUGCUGAGAAGAGAGCUCCAAAGAGCCCUGUUGAGAGAAACAACAUUAUCUGGUCCUUAGUGCUGGCAGUCGGGGUCUGCUAUCAUGCAUCCUUGGAAAAGAAGGAGGCAUAUAGAAGUGCUAUCAGCCAGGUCCUUCCAAAACCUUAUGAUACCCAGAAAAAGAUUUUGGAAGAAAUCUCCCUGAUGCAGGACUUAUUCCUGAGUGGUGUGUACCUCCAAGAUACCAUAGCAAGAAACUUGGCCUUGAAGGAAAAUGUCUUUAUGAUGGUCAUCUGCAUUGAGUUGAAAAUCCCUCUUUUUCUUGUUGGGAAGCCUGGGAGCUCCAAAUCACUUGCGAAAACCAUUGUGGCUGAUGCUAUGCAGGGCCAAGCAGCUCAUUCAGAUUUGUUCAAGGACCUGAAGCAGAUCCAUCUAGUGUCUUUUCAGUGCAGCCCUCUCUCUACUCCAGAGGGAAUCAUAGGCACUUUCAAGCACUGUGCUCGAUUCCAGGAAGGGAAGAACUUGGAGGAGUAUGUCUCAGUGGUGGUUUUGGAUGAGAUUGGGCUGGCAGAAGACUCUCCCAAAAUGCCCUUGAAGACUUUACAUCCACUUUUGGAAGAUGGCUGCAUAGAUGAUGUCCCUCUUCCCCACAAAAAGGUUGGCUUCAUUGGGAUUUCUAACUGGGCUUUGGACCCUGCUAAAAUGAAUCGAGGCAUCUUUGUCUCACGUGGUGACCCCAGCAAAGAAGAGCUCAUAGAAAGUGCGAAGGGGAUUUGUUGCUCAGCACGAGGGGCUUUGCAGAAGGUCGAACAGUAUUUUUGUCACUUUGCAGAUGCAUAUGAAAAUAUUUGCAAGGCCCAAGACAGGGAGUUCUUUGGUCUGCGUGACUAUUACAGCCUCAUAAAGAUGUUUUUUGCCUUGGCUAAGAGCUCCAAGAGUGAGCCAACACCUCAAGACAUAGCUACAGUUGUUCUUCGUAACUUCGGUGGCAAAUAUGAUGUCAAUGCCUUGGAAAUAUUCACCUCACGGUUACCGGAAAAAGGAGAAAUACAUGCUUGUGAUAUCAGUAGAAUUGAGCUGAUACGACAAAACAUUUACAGCAGUGGUCAGGAUGGUGAUUGCAGGUACCUGCUUGUUUUGACUGAGAAUUAUGCAGCACUGCAGAUCCUCCAGCAAGCUUUUUUUACUGCCCGACGACAGCCAGAAAUUAUCUUUGGCUCCAGUUUCCCUAAGGACCAAGAGUAUACCCAGAUAUGCAGGAACAUCAACCGUGUGAAGGUCUGCAUGGAAACUGGCCAAAUGGUUGUGCUCCUCAACUUGCAAAACCUUUAUGAAAGCCUCUACGAUGCUCUCAAUCAAUACUAUGUGUACCUUGCUGGCCAGAAGUAUGUUGAUUUGGGACUGGGCACCCACCGGGUCAAGUGCCGAGUGCACCCAAAGUUCCGUUUGAUAGUCAUUGAGGAGAAAGAUGUGGUAUAUAAGCACUUUCCCAUCCCACUGAUCAACAGGCUGGAAAAGCACUACCUGGAUAUCAGUACUGUCCUGGACAAAGGGCAAAGAGAAACUGUGAAAGAGCUGAAGAAGUGGGUGUGUGAGUUCACUGCAGUCAAUACAGAAGAGCACUUCAUAAGCAAGCAGAAAUACAGCCCUUCUGAUGUGUUUGUGGGCUACCACUCCAAUACCUGUGCCUCGGUGGUCCUGCAGACAACGGAAAGGCUGAAACCAGUAUGUCCUCCUAGUGAGCUAAUGUCCUGUGUGAAGAGAGAAGCCCAGCUGGCACUGCUGAACUGUGCCACCCCGGACUCUGUGAUCCGCCUCUGCAACUCAAUGGGUUUGUUUAUGGCAGAUUCUCUGGCCAAUAUAUACUUCAAGCAGCAGCAACACACGUCUUUUGCAGACUUCCUCCGAGCUCAUGUCCACGCUGGGUCUGGGUACCAAACAGUCUUUACAGAGGUCACCACCUUCUCGAGACUUCUCACCAGUGCUGACGGUGCUUGCCUGGAGAGAGAAGUACAGGGUAAAGCGCAAAGGCCUCAAAUCCUGUUCCUGCAGCAGUUUGACACAGAGUACUCAUUCCUGAAGAGCAUCCGAGAUUUCCUUGAUGCCACAUCAGGAAAUAAAGUCCUUAUUAUUCAGACAGACUUUGAAGAUGGCUCUCAAAAUGCCCAGCUCAUUGCCUCAGCCAAAUACACUGUUGUUAACGAAAUCAACAAGGUGGACCUGGGAGAAGUCUCUGUCUUUGUUUACUUUAUUAUGAAGCUUUCCCGGGUGGAAGGAGGAAUGUCCUAUGUGGGAUUCCAUGGAGGACUGUGGCAGUCGGUGCACAUAGACGAUCUCCGCAGAUCCAAGGACAUGAUCUCUGAUAUGACUGCCCUGCAGAACCUCACCAUCAGCCAGAUAUUCUGUGAGGAUUCAGGUAAAACCAAAGUUGCAGCUCUGCCUGUGAAUGGAGAACAGGAAGAAAACGAGGUCGGGGCUGAAACACCAGUGUCAGAAGCAGAGCACUAUGAGGGUGAAAUCCUGGACACCACUGUACUCCUGAGGACCUGUGUACAAAGUGCUGUGGGGAUGCUACGGGACCAAAAUGAAGAUCUUAGUCGAAGCAGAAAGCGAAUUAAGAUUCUCCUUGGCCUUCUGUCCAAAGAGGAUGGCUUGAAAGCCUCUUUCCUGAAGAUAACAAAGGCUCGUCUCUCCAACCUUCUGAAGAAGCAAGAAGAAAAUUCCCUUUACCCAAAAAAUUGGGUGCUUCGGGAGGCUUCCAACCUCAGUGCUCUCCAGGAGGCAGGCACCUUCAGGCACACCUUGUGGAAGCGAGUCCAGAACGUGAUCACUCCAUUCCUGGCUCUCCUGAUUGCUGUCAUAGACAGAAAUGGCAAUCUGGAGCUGUUGGUCAGGCCGGCAGCUGAGUGGGUGACAAACCUGUGGAUGUUCAUCUUCAGUGAUACAAAACUUCUGACUGUCCCUUAUGGUGUGGGUAAGAACAGCUCUCAGCCAGAGAUAAUUCUGGUGCAGAACAACAUGAUGGUGUCUGCUGAUGCUGGGAAUGAGAUGCCCUUCAGCUGGAGGAUAAAGGAGUACUUGGAUGAGAUGUGGUUGGAAGCUCAAUACAUCCAAAACACUGAAGACCAAGCUGAGAAGUUCGUGGAUAUCUUCCAGAAAACUGCACUGGGAAAAUUUAUCUCUGCUCUGACUGAGGAAGAAAGGCGGAUGCUCUUCCAGUGCUACAUCACAGACUUUAUUGUCUUGGCCAUUGGUGUGUCCUCCCUAGAGGAGCUGCAGUGUCUGCGAAUUGCGUUCUUAUCCUGCAUAGAGGAAUGGAAGGCAACAUCUCCCAGAAGAGAGGAGACGGUGCCAUCCUUGCCUUGGGUCCACCUUGGAUACAAUCAGUUCAAGAGCCGCCUGCAGAACUUUUCUAGGAUCCUCGCUGUAUACCCCCGUGUGGUUGACUACCUUAUUAACCAGGAAGGAUAUGAAAUACCACAUUUGGAGAUGGUUUUAGAUGUUUUAGCUGCAAUGGUAUGUGCUGAAGAGCUGGAGAGUCAAGUACAGACAGCCCAUCCAGAGAUCUGGCUGCAGAAAGUGAAGAAUCUUCGUAUGCCCAUUGAAUUUCUUUGUAAAGAGAAGGAUUUACAGAGGAGUGGGAGUUGGUGCCAUCAGCUGCUAAAAGAACUCAAAGUCUGCUGGAACCGGGUUUUCUCCAUGUCUCUGUUUGUCGAACACGUGUUGUUUGGCAUCAACACUCUGAUGCCAGAAUUUGAGAAUUUAGUGAAAAAAUAUACUUUGCAUCUUGCCGAGUGUUUUCAGCAUGAUUCAGACAUGAAGACUCAUCCAACUUUUGUUGCAGUGAUGAAAGUACUGCGCCAAUGUAAGGAUGAAGUCAGCAACAGGCUCUACAGAUAUGGUGUGAAGUCAUGUCCGAUCUGCCUAGGAGAGCCGAAGGAUCCAGUCUGCCUGCCUUGCUACCAUGUGUUCUGUCAGAAGUGCAUCAGAAUGUGGCUAGUACCAGCACAGAUGCAUUGUCCAUACUGCAGAGUUGCCAUGGAGGAUGUUCAUUUAAAUGUCUCUGUGGAGCUCAGAGAUGCCAUAGCAAGAAAUGCCCUGUUCCGGCAGAGAUGCAAUAAUUUCUUCAUAGAUGUGGUCACUACCAUGUGCUUUAAGGACAAUGAACCCCCUGAGGCAGAGGUGAUCCAAGAGCUCCUUAAUCUGCUGUUUGUUCACAGAAGCUUCCUGACAGGUUCAGAUCACCCUGCUAUCUACACAAAAUUUCUGUCCCCAUUUAAUGAUGAAGUGGAUGAAAUUCCCAUCAUCCGCUCAGUAAUGCUGAAGCUUCUCUUGAAGUACAGCUUCAAUGAAGUGAAAAAUGAUGUGCAACGCUACCUGUCCCAGGUAGAGCACAGCAAGAUCCUAGAGAAAAAUGAUAAAAAAGAACUCUACUUGCUUUUUGUCAACUGCUUAGAGCAUUACAUUAAAUUCUUCUUUCUCUUGGACACCUUGGGUAGGUGUGAGGCCCAAUAA